AUGGAGUACUCUACUCAACUUGUCGUUCCAAAGAUUGAAAACCCAUUUGAUGUUGAUUGGCUUUUCCAUGAAAAACAAUCUGAAAACCUAUCAUCAUGGGCACUAGAUUUUUCACCAUUCGAUCAAUAUCAGACGUUCAUUGAGGCAAAUUACUCAUCACUUGUUCCAUUUUCAUACCAAAAUGACCAACUUCCUCGUAUUGAUUUCAAAAGCUUUGAAGAUUUUGACAGUGGGUUUUCCCUUGAAAAUGCUUUUUCACAUUUUGAAGAACCCAUCAAAAGCUUUGAGGAUUUUGAUGGUGGGUUUUCCCUAGAAAAUGCAUUUUCACAUUUUGAAGAACCCCUCAAAAGCUUUGAAGAUUUUGAUGGUGGGUUUUCCCUAGAAAAUGCACUUUCACAUUUUGAAGAACCCAACAUGGUUGAUGAAAAGCCUCAAACAGACAAUAUGGUCCUUGCUUCUUUUAGUCAUCAUAGUAAUUACCCUGUUCAUGAAAAUAUGAAAAGUAGUCCUUAUGAGGAUGAGAAUGUUGGGUACGAAGUUUCAAGGUUGAUGAUUGAUAGAGAGAUGUUUGGAAUUCAUGAAAAUAUCAAAAAUAGUCCUUAUGAGGAUAAGAAUGUUGGGUAUGAAGUUUCAAGGUUGAUGAUUGAUAGAGAGGUAUUUGGAAGUUUGGUAAAGAAAAAUCAUGAUGAAGAGGAAGUUAUUAUGUCAUGCAGAGGCAAUAGUAAUAAUAAGAGCAAGAAAAAGAAGGUUGUUGAGUUAGAAUUGGAUGUCAUUCAAAAGUACUUUAAUGUACCAAUCAAAGAAGCUGCAAUGGAGUUGGGAAUUGGAGUAACAAGAUUGAAGAAACGAUGCCGUGAACUUAACAUCAUGAGGUGGCCUCACAGAAAGCUCAAGAGCUUGAAGUAUCUUUUAAAGAAUGUCAAGAAAAUGGGUUUGAGUAGUAAUGAGAUAAUGAUGUUGGAAGAGCAACAAAGGCUCGUGGAAGAGGCUCCUGACAUGGAAUUGACUGAGAGAGCCAAAAAGCUGAGACAGGCUUGUUUUAAAGCUAAUUACAAGAGUAAGAGAUCUCUAGCAGCCGCAGCUCAUCGAUCCUAGUACUACUACUGCUUUGCUUAAUUGACUUUCAUUGCUUGGAUUUUUCUAUAGAUAAUUACAGGCACAAAGUUAAAACCACAGAAGAUAUUUUGAACCAAAUUGAACAGUACUAAUCUUCUCAUAGCUAGGACUUCUUCUUGUUUGGAUUACUGAGAUGGAUUACAGUA